CGCGGGGAGCGGCGCGGGACGGCGCAGAGACGCGGAGAGCCCGGGCCCGACGCGCAGCUCGCCCGGCAGCCGGGGAGGGCCGGGGGGCCAAGUUCUCGGGGCGGGGUCGCCGGGGCUCCCCUCUCCCCGGCCGGGACGCCUGUCAGCCGGAUUGCACCGUGGGAUGUAGCACCCGUUGGCCACCUCCAGGACACCCGUCGGACCCUCCGCCCCGCGGCCUCACCUCUGCCCAGGUGACCCUGCUGGCCUCAGGACAUGCACAGCCACAGCCGCAACGGGCAGGCCCACGUGCCCCGGCGGAAACGCCGCAACCGCUUCGUCAAGAAGAACGGCCAGUGCAACGUGUACUUCGCCAACCUGAGCAACAAGUCGCAGCGCUACAUGGCGGACAUCUUCACCACGUGCGUGGACACGCGCUGGCGCUACAUGCUCAUGAUCUUCUCCGCGGCCUUCCUGGUCUCCUGGCUCUUCUUCGGCCUCCUCUUCUGGUGUAUCGCCUUCUUCCACGGUGACCUGGACGCCAGCGCGCCGGGGUCCGCGGCGGGGUCCCCAACGGGCAGCGGAGGCGCGGCGCCCUCGGCCCCCAAGCCCUGCAUCAUGCACGUGAACGGCUUCCUGGGCGCCUUCCUGUUCUCGGUGGAGACGCAGACCACCAUCGGCUACGGCUUCCGCUGCGUCACCGAGGAGUGCCCGCUGGCCGUCAUCGCCGUGGUGGUGCAGUCCAUCGUGGGCUGCGUCAUCGACUCCUUCAUGAUCGGCACCAUCAUGGCCAAGAUGGCCCGGCCCAAGAAGCGCGCGCAGACGCUGCUGUUCAGCCACCACGCGGUGAUCUCGGUGCGCGAUGGCAAGCUGUGCCUCAUGUGGCGCGUCGGCAACCUGCGCAAGAGCCACAUCGUGGAGGCGCACGUGCGCGCGCAGCUCAUCAAGCCCUACAUGACGCAGGAGGGCGAGUACCUGCCGCUGGACCAGCGGGACCUCAACGUGGGCUACGACAUCGGCCUGGACCGCAUCUUCCUGGUGUCGCCCAUCAUCAUCGUGCACGAGAUCGACGAGGACAGCCCGCUGUACGGCAUGGGCAAGGAGGAGCUGGAGUCGGAGGACUUCGAGAUAGUGGUCAUCCUCGAGGGCAUGGUGGAGGCCACCGCCAUGACCACCCAGGCCCGCAGCUCCUACCUGGCCAGCGAGAUCCUGUGGGGCCACCGCUUCGAGCCGGUGGUCUUCGAGGAGAAGAGCCACUACAAGGUGGACUACUCGCGCUUCCACAAGACCUACGAGGUGGCCGGCACGCCCUGCUGCUCAGCGCGCGAGCUACAGGAGAGCAAGAUCACCGUGCUGCCCGCGCCGCCGCCGCCGCCCAGUGCCUUCUGCUACGAGAACGAGCUGGCCCUCAUGAGCCAGGAGGAAGAGGAGCUGGAGGAGGAGGCGGCGGCCGCGGCCGCGGUGGCGGCCGGCCUGGGCCUGGAGGCCGGCUCCAAGGAGGAGGCCGGCAUCAUCCGGAUGCUGGAGUUUGGCAGUCACCUGGACCUGGAGAGGAUGCAGGCCACGCUCCCACUGGACAACAUCUCCUAUCGGAGGGAGUCUGCCAUCUGACACCCCCUCCCCGGGCCCGCCCUCACUUCCCAGAACCUCUGGGGGAGGGGGAGGGGACACCAGGACACCCUACCCACACUCAGGACAGAGCAGGCCCCUGGCUCAAGGGGCCUCCUGGAGGGAGACGGGGACUUAAAGGACUGGGGUACCCCUUCCUGCCACCUCCAGAGUACCAGCCAGGAUGGGCCAGGACCCCGAGGCUCUCGACCUGCCAGGGUUCUCCCGCCCUUAACACCGGAGGCGCUGGGACCCCAGGCCACCACCCUUUCACACUAACCCUUUGCUCUCAGAACCUUGGGGAAGGCGGCUGGACUGCUGGGGGGUGGGCGUGGGUUCUGGGGUGGGCCUGGGCUAGCUGGGGGGUGGGAGGGGGUGCGUUUCUUUGCAUGACUGUGGCCUGUUGCUCAUGACUUUCUUUUGUAAAUAUCUCUGGGGUGGGGGGGAGGCGGCUGGAGGCACCA